UACUUUUCUUCCAAACUGUGUUCCCCCUGAUGAAACCGAAUCCUCCAGCUGUGGUGUCCCAGGCGCCGCCUCCCUCGGCGCCCCUCUCCUGCCCUGCCCUGAGCAGCCUGCCGCGCCGCCCACAAGCCCCAACUAUUCCGCAGGUCACCAGCCCUGAAGAUGAAGGUUUGGCUGUUGCUGGGACUUCUGCUGGUACACGAAGCGCUGGAAGAUGUUGCUGGUCAACACCCUCCUAAGAACAAGCGUGCCAAGGAGCAAGGAGAAAACAGGAUCAAACCUACCAACAAAAAGGCCAAACCCAAGAUUCCAAAAGUAAAGGACAGGGACUCAGCUGACUCCACACCAAAGAGCCAGUCCAUCAUGAUGCAGGCCAUGGACAGCGGCCGCUUCCAGAAGCCUGCUGCUACGAUGAGUCUGAUGGCCGGACAAACGGUAGAGCUCCGCUGUAAAGGAAGCAAAGUGGAGUGGAGUUACCCCGCCUACCUGGACACCUUCAAGGACUCCCGACUCAGUGUGAAGCAGAAUGAGCGCUAUGGGCAACUGACUCUGCUCAACGCCACCUCCGCCGACACCGGUGAAUUCAGCUGCUGGGGGCAGCUGUGUAACGGCUACAUCUGCAGAAGAGACGAGUCCAGGACAGGCUCCACCUACAUCCUCUUCACAGAGGAAGGAGAGCUGUUUGUACCUUCUCCCAGUUACUUUGAUGUUGUCUACCUGAACCCGGACAGACAGGCCGUGGUUCCUUGUCGAGUGACAGUGGUAUCAGCCAAAGUCACGCUCCACAGAGAGUUUCCCGCCAAAGAAAUCCCCACCAACGGGACAGACAUUAUCUAUGACCUGAAGAGAGGCUUUGUCUACCUGCAGCCUCAUUCUGACCACCAGGGUGUGGUCUACUGCAAAGCCGAAGCUGGGGGCCAGUCUCAGAUCUCCGUCAAGUAUCAGCUGCUCUACGUAGAGGUUCCCAGUGGUCCUCCAUCAACCACCAUCUUGGCCUCCUCCAACAAAGUGAAUGGCGGGGAUGACAUCAGUGUGCUCUGCACUGUCCUGGGGGAGCCUGAUGUUGAGGUAGAAUUCAGGUGGAUCUUUCCUGGGCAGAAGGACGAAAGGCCUGUGACCAUUCAAGACACCUGGAGACUGAUCCACAGAGGCCUGGGCCACACCACAAGAAUCUCCCAGAGUGUCAUUACCAUUGAAGACUUUGAGACCAUUGAUGCAGGCUAUUACAUAUGCACGGCUCAGAAUCUCCGAGGGCAGACUACAGUAGCUACCACUGUUGAGUUUUCCUGACUUGGAAAGCGAAGUAUAAUGAACCGAUGGGGAAGCCAUCUGUAUACACAACAUUUGAGAUGAGUGCUUUGUGGGAGGCCAACACCAAGGGCCAGCCUGUGGGUCAGACAUCCAAAUUAAAAGGAAGUCAGUCUAUUAAUAGAA